GCUAAGACAGGUCCCACCUCCUGCCAUCCUGAGAGUGGGGGUUAGGGGGAAGGGUCUCUGAUGGGCAGGGAGAGGUACCAGCGUGCUGAGCCAGUCCAGGACUGCCCCCUCCUGGCCCACUCAGAGCCCCCGGGUGUGAGAAGCUCCGUCUCCCGUGGGUAGCAUUGGCCCUGCCCUAUCUCUGCCUCCAGCAUCCAGGGCGGCCGCAGAUGGCAGUGUCUCUGGGGACAGCAGCUGCGAACGAGUCCACGGGCCGACGCUGAGCUGCUCAGGCUGAGGCGGUGUGCUCAGCACAGAGCCCCCGGAACUGGCAUCUGCAGGGCGUGAGCUCCCUUCACAGGCCCACCUGGGAGUAGAGAGACAAGAGGAGCUGGAGUUUGGAGACGGAGGUCAGAAAAGUGAGGGCUUCUCUCCGACCUACCUGGAGUUUUUCCCAUCCAUCCCCCUGCUUCCCUCCCCAGAAGCAAGGUGGGCAUCUGCUCAUUUCAUCCUGCUCAGGUGCCUUUCCCUCCCCUGGAGGACGCAAGCCUCAGGGCAUCGCUGGGGUUUGGCGUCUAGCUCUGCCACUUUCCAGUUGGACUGGAUCUUGCUCCAGGCUGGAGUGCAGUGGCGUGAUCACAGCUCACUGCAGCCUCGAUCUCCCAGACUUAGGUGAUCCUUCCACCUCAGCCUCCCGGGUAGUUGGGAUUACAGAGACGGGGUUUCACAGUGUUAGCCAGGAUGGUCUUGAUCUCCUGAUCUCGUGAUCCGCCCACCUCAGCCUCCAAAGUGCUGGGAUUACAGGCGUGAGCCACGGCGCCCGGCCUACCACGUGGUCUUGAUCAGCCGCUUCCCCGCCCUUGCUCUCCUGGACCUCAGUCUCCCCAUUUGUGAAGUGAUGCUUGGGCCUCGGGCUCUGUGAAGCCUGAAGGUCUCCCUCUGGGUGGGCGGGACAAGGAGCACCUCUGCUGGCCCUCACCACCCUGUGUCUCCGCAGCCAAGGCCGCCGCGAUGCCGCACUUCCUGGACUGGUUCGUGCCAGUCUACUUGGUCAUCUCCGUCCUCAUUCUGGUGGGCUUCGGCGCCUGCAUCUACUACUUCGAGCCGGGCCUGCAGGAGGCGCACAAGUGGCGCAUGCAGCGCCCCCUGGUGGACCGCGACCUCCGCAAGACGCUAAUGGUGCGCGACAACCUGGCCUUCGGCGGCCCGGAGGUCUGAGCCGACUUGCAAAGGGGCUGGGCGGGCGGCACCGGGCGCUCUCCCCCAGCCCGUCCAGCCCGGAGACCCCCAAGGCAGAGGGAGGCCGGCCUCUUGGCCCUCCACGCUAUCCCUCUGCAGCCUGGGCCCUCCCGACAGAGGCCCCAGGUGCGCUGGCAGUGGAGGUGGGGCACUUAGGUGCCUGGCUGGCCCAGGGCUUGCUCUCCGUGUCAAGCCGACUCACCCAGAGCCCACCCUCCCAAGCUCAGGGGCAUCCUCCGCUGGGCCCCAGUGCCUUUGUGCUGCGCAGCACUCUGCCCCUCCACUGGAGUCAGGCAUGUCUAUGGCUGCCUGUCCUGAGGCUCCCGAGCCCUCAUUUCUUCGUGAAAUCCCGGGUUUCCCCACUCAGCUCCCCUGCCUCCACUCAAUGGCACCGGCCCUGCAGCUUUAGGCGGCAGGCGUCGAAGCCAGCCCAAGGAAAGAACCUAAGAACCUCGUUUGGAGGGAUGUCAGCUUGGGCCAGCCCAGCCGCACCCCGCAGGGCUCAGGCUUGGAACUGGUGAGGGUGUGCGGUGGGGGUAUGCAGAGGGGUAAGACCGUGGUAGGGGAGAGGGUUGGGGAGGAGAGAGAGAGAGUCUGGGGGGAGCGGGCAAGCACGGGGAGAUGAGAUAUGUAUAUGUGAGAGAGAGCGUGGGGGCCCCAGGCAGGGCAGGAGGUGGUGGAAACGGGCUGAACUCCGUGGGCCGUGUGAGGACUGUCUAUAAUGGGUCCCAAUCCCCUCCCUCUGCUGGAGUUUCCUAGCCCUUCCCCUCCCCAAGACUGAGGCAGCAGGCAGGAGCCCCUGCCCUCCCUCCCUGUCCUGUGCCACACUUCUGGGGCCAAGCCCAGCCGCCUUGAGCCAGGCCCUGCCAGACUCCAAGCCCACCCUAGAACCCUUCUCCUGUGCAGAGACUCUGUUGCCUCACUUUGGACACAGAUUGGCAACCUGCCUCACCCUGCCCCCUUCGCUGGGGCUUCCAUCUUAAUUUAUUCUCAAUAAUAAAGACUUCAUGAUGAUCUCUGCA